AUGAUUUAUGGGAUUUUAUUAACGUGUUUAAUCAUUGGUCCUUUAGUGUUUCUGGUUUGGCUAUGCUUAGUGGCUUCUUGGAGUGUGAAUCCACGAUUAGUACCUAAAAUUCAACAUGUUUUCUUGAAUUCUAUCUUUAUAAUAUUCUGGUACUCGAAACUUACAAUAGAAAAAAUAUUCCCUUUGGCUAAAUUCGAGGGCGCGCCCAUAGGAUGUCACAAGAUCAUACAAAUUCAAUCAGAAUCCAAUGCUACAAAAAAGAAAUGUUUCGAUCUAAAAACAGUAUCGAAAUUCAUAAGUUUUCCUACAAGACCUCAUCGACCAUUUUACUUUUUUGCUGCAUUUGCCUAUCCGAUGCUUCCAAUAGAUUUAAUGGGUAAUCAAUCAGACACUUGGGACCGUAUUUAUACAUGUUUUACUCACAUCAUGAAUCGAAAAAAAGUUGUCGCAAGCUCGGAGCAAAUUACCGCUAAAUAUGCUGCAAAACUUGCAAAGGAGCUUAAAUCAAAUAAAAGCCAGAGAUUGGUAGUAUCAGACAGAUAUUUAAGGGAAAUUCUCUGUGCUGUAAUGUGGCAACUAGUUUUUGAAACACAACCAACAGAAUCAGAUUUAAAAAACCUCAUAACAUUAUCACAUUCUAUCAGUAAAGCAAUGACGUACAAUCAAGAUCCUAAUUGGUCAGAACGAAUCGACCUAUGUACUGCACUUUUAAAACAACUUCAAUCUAUUCCGGCAGUCGUACAAACUCAGAAAGAAUUCAAUUUAACAGAUCAGGAGCUAUGCACUGUUUACGCAAUGGAAUUCUUUGUGACACCAUCACUAGAAAUUGGUGAGGUGAUGGCAAACUUAAUGACUAUACUAGUAAAUGGUAAACCUGAUCUCAUUGAAAAAGUGGUGGAUGAUCCUGAUCUCAUGAGAUAUUCAAUAAUAGCAACUGCGCAUCAUUACCCGCCUUUUCAAGUGGUUAUGCGAGAAAUCCCUGAUGUAGAAAAAUACAAAGAACUAACAAAAUGCAUUAAUCUGAUUCCAUGCGGUCAUGCACUCGAGAUUCAAACUCAAAUUAUUGCAGAAUUGAACCGAAAUGAAUCAGUAAUCAAUCAUAUUGAUCGUUGCUUAGCGGAUAAGAGUUUUGUUGAAUCUGCUGAUACAGAAGUAGAAACGUGCAUGGCAUUUGGAAAAGGUCAACGAGUGUGCAAAGGAAAAGAGUUGGCCAUCAACGUUAUUACAUCUUUUCUAACGACUCUUUACACCGAGUUGAAUCAAUGGCCAGAUGUUGAAAUAACUGCUGGACGAAAAUAUAAAGCAUUUAAAACCUUUGAUGAUCGUUUGUAUCUUUGGUAUCGUCGCUGGUUAACGGCUAAUGUACUUUACCAUUUCGAUAAUUUCUUCCGAAGGCCUGCUGUCCAUCGUUUUCGAUGGGAAAUCUAA